CAAACUCAUGCAAGCUAAGCAAAGAAGAGGAAGAGAGGGAAGGAAGGCUGAAGAGGAAUAAAAUAGAAUACCAAAGUCCAUCUAAAACAAGUUUCAAGUUUGAUAAAGUUAAAUAUGUCGGCGGAGAAGAACAUUCUUAUAUUUUGUUCUUUAUUUAUACUGCUGAACAAUUUUUCUGUCACAUUUUCUUUAAAAAAUAAAGAUGUACCUUGUCAGCAAUUAGGUUUGUGUAAGUGUUUAUUUCCAACUGGCAGAGGAAUUAACCUCAAUCCAGUCAACCAAAACUUGAGCACUAUAAUUUCACCUAGUACCAGAAUACUGCUUCAUCUUUGUGAAAAUGUUGGUUUUGGGAUAAAAAACAAUACUUCUUACAACCAAUGCCUGAAUAAUGUUUCGAUAUGUUAUGUAGAUGACAGUAAUAACCUGAGCCUCAGUCUUGGUAAAGCAGAAAAUUUGAAAUUUAUAACUUUAUAUGAACAUCAGCCUGAUCCCUUUAGUGUCCAAUUCCGUAAUGGAGAGAACACAACAAACAUUGUCCUCUUGUGUGACAACAAUGCUGAUGAUCCUAAACUUGAUUUCAAGACCAUAGAGGGAUCUACAUACAAUCUUCAGUUGGCGUCAAAGCAUGUAUGUGUUCACCAGUUUACAGCGGACGAGGGUCCACCAGGAACCCUGUCCACAGGCUCUGUCCUGGUGAUAAUGCUCUUGGUCUUCACUCUGGUCUACUUUGUGGGAGGAAUGCUGACCCUGCGGCUGCUGCGAGGUGCCGAGGGUAGAGAAAUGAUUCCUAACAUUGACUUCUGGAUGGAUCUGCCUUAUCUUGUUCGGGAUGGAGUUUUGUUUACACUCAACGGCUGUCGUCCCCCAGCCUCCUAUGAUAGGAUUUAAGAUCAUUAUUUUUGAGGUAAUAUUAGGUAACACUUAAAAGGCUGAUGUUCAAUGUGUUAAUAUAUAGAUUAACAUUUCUUAGUAUUUUUGAGAAUUACAUAAACAACUAAGUGAAAUAUGGCAACUUAUUUGUAUUCAGUGAAAGACAAAUCACCUAUUUUUCUAUAAAUAAUAAUCAAUUACAUUUUAAGAGAUUUUCUUGUAUUUGUGAAAAAAUGUAGAAUUGAUUGUAUUAGUUUGCUGAAGGUACUAUUACGUUUUAUUUAUUGAAAUUAAAAUUAUUUUUAAUAUAAUGCUACUAUUUGAGUUGUUAUUAUUUUGCUUGCCAUAUAAAUCAAAAUUGAUGUUACCUGUUUUAAAUAGUAUUUUGUUACUUGUAGUAUGGAUUUGUUGUUGCUAUAAGAUCAAUAAUUUUGUAGAGGGUUCUUUUAAUGCCAAAUAGCAAUUUUAUAUAUCAAACUUAAUAUUUUAAAAGGGUUUGAUAAAGUCAAUUCUUUUCUAUAUUUUAUGUACUCUUUUCUCAGAAAUUAAUGGUUCAAUUAUUAUGACAAUGUUUAAACCUAUAUAUAUAUUGUAGUACCUAUAUAAAUAUUUAGAAAUGUUUGAUUUUGUGUAGUUUGUUUAUUUGAAAGAAUUUUAUAAUAUAACAUAAUUUUUUUAUUAAAUUUGAAACUUAUUAUAAUGACUUGGGUUAUUGAUUGAAUGUGCAGCUGAAAUACAAAGGCUAUUCAGAAAGUUGAUUACAUUUCGUUCUAGCCGCUAGGUGCGAGACUAUAGCAGCAUUUUGAUGUCACGACGUUUCUCUGUUCAGUGGCUAUCCAGUUGUGCUAGUGAGAGGUUAUUGUUGCUCCUUGUUGUUUAAUAAUAGCAGUUUAAAAUGUGUGACACAAUUAUUGAUAAUCCCGCGAGUUGUGAAGUGCGGUUGGUAAUACGGUUUUUGUUGGCUAAGCAAAAUAAACCAAUUAAAAUUUAUUGUCAACUCUGUGAAGUUUAUGGGAACGAUGUGAUUGCUGAAGGUGGAGUGCAUCAGUGGUGUAUUAGGUAUAAAAAUGGGUGAACUAAUGUGUGUGAUAACGAAUAAAGUGGAGGACCAAGCAUUUUGACUCAUGAAAUUGUCUCUAAAGUCAAUGAGAAUGUUAAAGAAGACUGCCAAUUCACAAUAACAGAUCUCUCACUGAUUUUUCCUCAAAUUUCAAAGAGUUUGUUACUCAAAAGUUAGUUAUCAUAAAUUUAGUGCAAGAUGGGUACCGACCACACACAGCAAAUUAGACCUUAGAAGUCCUGGAUGCUUUUAAGUGGGAGGUGUUUCCUCAUUCGCCUUACAGUCCGGACCUUGCACCCAGCGACUACUAUCUGUUUCCAGCAAUGAAGACCUGGCUUGUGACACAACGCUUUGAUGACGAACUAGUUCACCUCUAUGAUAAGUGCCUAAAUUUGUAUGGUUGAAAAAUAGUAUUUUAAUGUCACUUUCAAAUGUAUACAUUACAAUUUUUCCCUUGUACUUUUUUGUUUUUAAACGUAAUCUACUUCCUGGAUAGCCCUUGUAUUUUUAUGAAAAUUCGUCUAUUUGUUCCUGAGAAAAAUCUACAUAUGGUAAGUGGGAAAAAAAUCAACUUUCAGGAAAUUAAAGUUAAAGACAAUAUGUAUAUAUGCGCGCGUGCACACACACACACACACACACACACACACACACACACACACACACACACAAAUCAUUUUGCUUGGUACACAUAUUACGCAACUAAUCUAGCAUUUAUGUAAUUCAGUUUUACUUUUAUUUGUAGACCUAGCAGAGCAGUUAUCAUUUAAAUCCAUUGUUUUCUUAUUACAUCCUCUAUAUGUAAAGUUGGCUGAACAGCAUAGGUCAACACAAUUAUAUAUUUUGAAAUCAGCUACUUCAUAAUGAUAUUUACAAGCUAUAUUAAAAAGUACUUUCAUCAAAUCGUUAUAAUUAACUAUUUUAUAUUAAGUUAGGUUAGGCUUGCCAUAAAUAAUAUUUUUUUUCAGUUAUAGGAAAUAUUCCUUAGGUUUCUCUUUUGACACACUACCACUGGUUGGUCUGGAAUAGCUGUAGGCUUAUCUUCCAAAACACCAACAACAGCCCUAAGCCUACUUUCAAAUUCCACACUCACGUACUUCUAGACAUCUGGAAUAACUCAAAUUCAACUAAAAAAAAAAUCUAGUUGACUAACUGGACCCCAUUAAAGGAAAACGAUCUAAAUUCUUUUGCAGAUUUUAAUUACUUCUCCGGGCAUUAUACCCGUGACUUCACAGUUGAGUCAUAGCCUUGUCCAACCUAUGUUAUUGUUUUGUAAUUUAACAUUGGCUUCCAAGUAUUUACACACACAAUGAACAGUAUUUAAUGUUGGGAGUGUAACAGAAGACUGUAACAUCGUAACGAAAACUUCAAACAUUAAUGGACAUGGGUUUUUAAAUAUAAUUUUAUAUUAACAUAAGGAUGAAGCUAUGAAUCUAUCAAAUAGUAUGUGUUUAUUACUUGAACCGAAUAUUUCACUUUAGUAAAAAUAUGAACAUAAAUUAUAAAUUAAUCAUGUUUCAUUUGAAAAAAAAAAAUAUUUUGUGUAAGACUUAUAAUUAUGACUAUGUCAAUAUGGAGAAGGGCAUGUAUAUUUUUGAAUUUUGUAGGUAAUCUAAUCAUUAAGGUAGAAAUUAGAAUUGGUCUGAUUCAAAGACGAUAUAAUAUAGAAGGCAAAAACCAUAAAUUCCAGUUUCUUUUCGGGGGUGUAGGAGGAGAACAAAUAUUCUAUUUAUAGUUAAAAAAAAUAAAAGUAUAUACAAUGGGUGCAUUUAAAAGUAAUUUAUUCCAGACCACUGUGUACACAACAAUGUUGAUAGGGAUGGAGUAGCGUAACCAGUGCAUAGAUGUGUAAUGGGAUUGUUACGAGUACUUUGCUGUUGUUAUAUAUUCCAGACUACUGUGUACACAACAAUGUUGAUAGGGAUGGAGUAGCGUAACCAGUGCAUAGAUGUGUAAUGGGAUUGUUACGAGUACUUUGCUGUUGUUAUAUAUUCCAGACCACUGUGUACACAACAAUGUUGAUAGGGAUGGAGUAGCGUAACCAGUCCAUAGAUGUGUAAUGGGAUUGUUACGAGUACUUUGCUGUUGUUAUAUAUUCCAGACCACUGUGUACACAACAAUGUUGAUAGGGAUGGAGUAGCGUAACCAGUCCAUAGAUGUGUAAUGGGAUUGUUACGAGUACUUUGCUGUUGUUAUAUAUUCCAGAUCACUGUGUACACAACAAUGUUGAUAGGGAUGGAGUAGCGUAACCAGUCCAUAGAUGUGUAAUGGGAUUGUUACGAGUACUUUGCUGUUGUUAUAUAUUCCAGACCACUGUGUACACAACAAUGUUGAUAGGGAUGGAGUAGCGUAACCAGUCCAUAGAUGUGUAAUGGGAUUGUUACGAGUACUUUGCUGUUGUUAUAUAUUCCAGACCACUGUGUACACAACAAUGUUGAUAGGGAUGGAGUAGCGUAACCAGUGCAUAGAUGUGUAAUGGGAUUGUUACGAGUACUUUGCUGUUGUUAUAUAUUCCAGACCACUGUGUACACAACAAUGUUGAUAGGGAUGGAGUAGCGUAACCAGUGCAUAGAUGUGUAAUGGGAUUGUUACGAGUACUUUGCUGUUGUUAUAUAUUCCAGACCACUGUGUACACAACAAUGUUGAUAGGGAUGGAGUAGCGUAACCAGUGCAUAGAUGUGUAAUGGGAUUGUUACGAGUACUUUGCUGUUGUUAUAUAUUCCAGACCACUGUGUACACAACAAUGUUGAUAGGGAUGGAGUAGCGUAACCAGUGCAUAGAUGUGUAAUGGGAUUGUUACGAGUACUUUGCUGUUGUUAUAUAUUCCAGACCACUGUGUACACAACAAUGUUGAUAGGGAUGGAGUAGCGUAACCAGUGCAUAGAUGUGUAAUGGGAUUGUUACGAGUACUUUGCUGUUGUUAUAUAUUCCAGACCACUGUGUACACAACAAUGUUGAUAGGGAUGGAGUAGUGUAACCAGUGCAUAGAUGUGUAAUGGGAUUGUUACGAGUACUUUGCUGUUGUUAUAUAUUCCAGACCACUGUGUACACAACAAUGUUGAUAGGGAUGGAGUAGUGUAACCAGUGCAUAGAUGUGUAAUGGGAUUGUUACGAGUACUUUGCUGUUGUUAUAUAUUCCAGACCACUGUGUACACAACAAUGUUGAUAGGGAUGGAGUAGCGUAACCAGUGCAUAGAUGUGUAAUGGGAUUGUUACGAGUACUUUGCUGUUGUUAUAUAUUCCAGACCACUGUGUACACAACAAUGUUGAUAGGGAUGGAGUAGUAGCGUAAACAGUGCAUAGAUGUGUAAUGGGAUUGUUACGAGUACUUUGCUGUUGUUAUAUAUUGUCUUUAAUAAACCACUUGUGUUCCAGUUUGUUUUGUAGCACAUAUGUAGAGUUGAUUAUGAAAACAUAAACAAAUUUUUUAAGGAUAUUCACUUGUAAAUUAUUUCUCAUACUAAACAAUUAACUCAGAAAGAUUUCAAGAGAUAUGUUGUAUUCCUGUAUUAAAUAGUGGACUAAUAUUCUUGUAGCUAUUAUUUCAGAGCAUUCGUACUUCGAGCCAAUUUUAUUAUUACAUUAUGAGUUAUUCCAGUUGGUAUUAAUAGUCUAAUAUUAAUUUUGCCUACUUGUAAAACUGUCUUCCACACUAUAUUAAAUAAUUAAUAGGCAUUGCCUAUUACAUAGAUGUAUGAGAAAGACCUGAAAAUAACAAUAACUAAUGUUUUAUUGCCGAGUCUUAUAGACCAAGUAUUACAGAACAUAGAGACAUAUUCAGUAAUGGAAACCAGCUAGUAUUUUAUACUUACAAUAAUAGCAGCAAAAAAAGAUCUAAACUACAUUUUUUUCUAGUUAGUUCUAGAGUAGUAGUGUAUUGCAGGAUCUGUUAUAUUUUGUUUUAUUAAUGCAGAUGUUUUAUUGUGUACAUGUUAAUAGGUUUUAGUUUUGGUUGUUUUGUUUUAGUCCUGUAAGAGUGUGUUGGGGUUUUCAAGACUAUAUAUGUUUUUUUUUAAACAUGCAUAGUUGUAAAUAUAGCUAACCAAAAUAUUUUCUCUUAUUGAUUGAAUGAUACAUAAAUCGUGAUGGUAAUGCUUAUGUGUGCGCUAUAACAAAUGUCAAAAACAGUAUCGCAUCAGCUCAAUAUUAUUUAGACGAUUGCCACUUGGAUAGUUAAGAGUUAAACUCAAUUCUUAAUUGCAUACAUAAUCAAGAUAUUCAAGUGAUUCUGUUAAUGUAGUACAAUGCAGGUGACGAUCUAAUGUUUUUGUGUUUUUGAGAUAACAAUUAGACUGUUAUAACGGAACUCAUAUCAUUCAUGUUUAUUUUAAUAUGCAUUAAACCUAGUGUACAAAUACUGUUUGAAACGUUAUGCUAGUCUUAAAUGUUAUAUUUUGUAAUAAAGAUAUUGUUGUAAAUUUGUACAGUAAAUUUUAUUUUGUAAGCUUC